UUGACAGUGAGCAGAAGCAGUUCGGAAAACCCAAAAAUGUCCCAAAGGAUUGAACAUUUAGUCAAAGGACUUGUGGUGGUUUUUCUUGCAUUUAUGGUAAUUCAAACUGUGUCCGAUUGUAAUGUCUGUCAAUCAAAUAAAGUGGCCUGCAUCAACUCCACCUCCUUUUAUUUGUGUUUUGGAGAUGGAACCCCACAUCGUGACCAGUUGUACCAUUGCCUAGAAGGCUUCGACUGCACCAAUCUCACGGCGAUUUGUGUCCAAAAAAGCAGCCAACGUCCUCCGAGUUGUGGUGAUACCUCGCAAUGUGGCCAGUGUAGUGCCAGUAACAAUUAUUUGUUCGCCUGCCAGAGUCGUGGAAUCUUUCAGAUGUGCUAUGGCGCCACAAGGCCCGCUGGUCAGUUCGGCUACUGUCCAUCGGGAAUGGUAUGCGAUGCCACCAGCUCUGCGAUCUGUGUGACCGAGGUCAAGGGUCAAACACUGACUUGCGACAUAAAUGACGAACUGGUGGACACCACCACUGCAUCUCCCGUGACCACUGAAAGUAGCAGCACUACAGUGGUCACAACCACUGAAACCAGCACUGAAACCAGCACCGACACCACUGUAGUGUACACCACUACAGUGAUCCCUCUAACGCCCGCACAGAUGUGCACUCAGAGAAACGCCACUGGACUUUUUCCCAUCACACCCGCGGAUCCCUAUUGUCAACGCUACAUUAGUUGCUACUUUAACAAAAACAUUCUUAUCAGAUCUGCGGAAUAUAACUGCCCGUCGAGUUCAUACUUUCUUAACGUGACUCAGAGUUGCGUGGACGUUAAUCCAGGCUACUGUCUGAAGGGUUAAACACACCCACCCAAUAAACCUUCAAAUACUCUUCGCUUAGCGAACGCUCUUUUAAUCUAAAUCCACUCC